AUGAUUUUUAUAAGCAAACGUCAAGUGAUUAACUCAUCGAAUACAGUCACAACGGACCAAAUUGUACCACCAUUUCAAGAAUUUGAUUCAAAAAAGGAGAAAUUUCGAAACUACGUUGAACGUUUUGAAAAUUAUGUAGCUGUCCGGAAUGUAACUGCGGAUGAAAAGAAAGCUCAAAUAUUAUCAGCAUCUGUUGGUUCAGUACAUUAUAAUAAUUUAUCGGCAUUACUUGGACCUGAUAAACCAAUCAAAACUAUGAACUACGCAGACCUUGUAACAUCGUUCACCAAAAUGUUGAGCCCGAAAAGAAAUGAUGUAGUUGAACAACACUAUUUUCUUUCUACGGUACAAAACUAUAAACAAAACAUUGCUGAAUUUGUUGCAACACUACAGAGUCAACUUUCGGAAUGUCAGUUUUAUGUGGAAUGCGAGUGCAAGAAAAAGAUUUCUGUUGCUGAAAUUUUCCUACGGGCCCAAUUUAUAAGAGGAAUAAAGGAUCAAUGGAUAAGAGAACAACUUUUGCAAGCUAAUUUAUCUAAUUUUAAUGAUAUUACAGGAAAAGCAAUUGCCUUGGAAUCCUCGAAAAUUCAAAGCCGGGAAUUAUCUGUUUCAAAUAAUUCAACACCAGUUCCAGGAUGUUCGACUGACAUAAACAAAACGUCACAUUUUCACAAAAACCGAUCAAGAAGCAAUUACAAAAAACCACGAUCAAAUACACGUUUUGAAAGAUCACCUACUCCUGCCAAUUCAACAAUAAAAACAAAUAGGAGUCAUCAAAGUAGGUAUCAUUCCCGUUUGCCACGUUCUAUUAACUAUCAUGCACUUGGAAUUUCAAAUUUAUGUUUUUCAUGUGGAAAAUCAAAUCAUCGAUCAAACUCGUGCAGAAUAGAUAGGAACUCAUUACGCUGUGAAUCUUGUGGAAAAAUUGGACACGUAGAUCGUGUUUGUAUCCUUACAUUAUUAAAGUCAAAAAGUGACAACCACCAGAUUAGUGCGGAUAUAUGUCACAAUACUCAACAAACACAAGAUUAUAUUUCAAAUUCACAAAUUUUAACACUGCCACACAAUUACGGAGUGAAUAUGAUUCAAACUGUCACAACAAUAGAUUUAUAUACAUGUAAAACCAACUCUGAUAAAUAUGUCAUAUCUGUUCUUGUUAAUAAUAACGAGAUAAAUAUGGAGGUAGAUUCUGGAGCAAAAUUUUCGAUUUUACCUGAGGACAAAUUCAAAGCUCUAAAUCUGAAUACCACUCUUCAACCUUCAAACAUAAGUUUUCGUACUUAUUCGAAAAAUAUCAUACCUUGUAAAGGGAAAAUUGAAGUAUCAGUAAAAUAUAAAGACAAAACGAUGCCACUUGCCGAGUUAUACAUAGUUCCAUCUGGUCAUGAUACAAUUUUGGGACGUGACUGGAUCAGAGGGUUAAAACUUGAACUUAAACAAAUUGACACAGACAUGGAAAGCAAACAACAAACUAGUUUUAGCUCUGUUAACAAUGUACUUCAAAUUGAUGACAUUUUUCAAAAAUUUUCCAACAUUUUUGAGGAACAAAUUGGAUGUAUUCCAAACAUAAAAGUCUCACUUGUCUUACGUGAAGACGCCAAGCCAAUUUUCACUAAAGAUCGUGACGUGCCAUAUGCACUCAGAAGUCGAGUCGAAAAGGAACUUAAUAAUUUAGAAAAUGCUGGAAUUAUCACUCCCGUAACGACUAGUGAUUGGGGUUCACCACUUGUUGUUAUUCCAAAACCUGACGGUACAGUUCGACUUUGUGUCGAUUACAAAUGCGGAGUAAAUGAUCGACUGGUAUCAUCUAACUUUCCAAUUCGCAGGAUUGACGACGUGCUCUGUAGUCUCCGAAAUUCGAAAUACUACUGCAAACUAGAUUUAUUCAAAGCAUACCUUCAUAUAAGCGUCGAUGAAAAAAGUAGUGAGAUACAGACUAUUGCCACACACACAACCCACUACUAA